GUUGCUGCUGAAGUCUGAUUAAUACACGACAGAAAUUUAUCAUGGGGCAGAGUACUUCACGAGUACAACCGUUUACGGAGAGCGAGCAGGUCUACGACCUCCCUCACAGUAAACCCCCAAAAUCCAGCCCCGACAUGACAGAGAAACAUCAUCCUCAUCGGCCUGAUGAGAAGCCUGUUGAUGAUGGGGAGGGAACUGUGCUUCCCACCUCUCCUCUGAAAGAGGAGAAGAAGAGCAAUAAAAAGAAAGUGGGCCACUUCUUUAAGUGGUUCUCUUCCCGUUUGAGGAAAAAAAUCACCAAAAGCAAGAGCUCAGGUCAGGGUGAGAUGAAAGACCAAGAUACUGAGACAGAAACAUCCGGGAGAACCGACGAUCAGAAGCCUCAACAGCCCAUCUGCAGAUCUGUGGAGGUCACUGAUCUCGAGGAACCUCACACCAGUGUUCUUCAAGUCCCUCCUGCUGCUGAGCCUCUGGUGCAGAAAGAUCUCCAAACUCAAGUCCACGAUGCUCCAGUCAGUGUGAGAGCAGGUGAAGUGUCUCCUCUGAUGAUAGAGUUGGACAGCAAUGAAGUGGACACGAGACCUGAAGACAACAUUUGCUCCCGAUAUGCAAUUGGCAGCAAGCUGGGUCAAGGUGGAUUUGGCGCCGUCUAUAAGGCGACUCGUUUGGAGGAUAGACUUAAGGUGGCUGUGAAAUUCGUCAAAAAGACAAAACACACGGAAUAUAUCAGCAUUCCUGAUCAUCCCAAGCCCCUUCCCAAAGAAGUCGCCCUGACAAUUCUGGCCAAUAAAGGCCCAGUGAUGGAUAUUAUUAGGCUGCUGGACUGGCAGGACCAGCAGAACUUCUACGUCAUUGUUGUCCAGCGCUUCUCACACUGCAUGGAUGUUUUCCGCUUUGUGCAACGCAAUGGAGGCAGCAUCGAUGAGAAGUUAGCGAGGCUCAUCAUGUUUGGGGCAACACUAGCCGCCAGUGCAUGUUGUAGACGUGGAGUUUACCAUGGGGACAUCAAGUUAGAGAACCUGCUGAUAAACUUGGAGAACCUCCAAAUCAAACUAAUUGACUUUGGAUGUGGAAGUGUCCUGACAGAAUCUGCCUACACGAGAUUCAGUGGAACAGUUAUGUACCGCCCUCCCGAGUACAUACUGAAGGGUGAGUUCCAUGGAAAGCCAGCGACGGUCUGGUCUUUAGGGAUCCUCUUGUUCAGAAUGCUGUGUGGACACUUUCCAGAUAGUUUCGACUUCUACAGGACCAACUUGAACACCUGGUCCAAACCUGGCUUGACAGAAGAAUGCUGCCAUUUGAUCUGCUCCCUUCUGCAGCAAAAGCCAAAACGUCGGAUUGAUCUGGACAGGAUUGUUUACCAUGACUGGUUUUAGUCUAAACAGCCCAAGGCCCUUCCCCAAAACAUCGAGCUAUCAAUCCAGUGAUGGACAUUAUUAAGCUGCUGGACUGGAAGGACCAUCAGGACGUCUAGUUUUUCACUCGUCCAGCGUUUAUCACACUGCAUGGAUGCGUUCCACUUUGUGUAACACAAUCAAAGGCAGCUUUGAGCAUCCUCUUGUUCAGAAUGCUGUGUGGAUAUAUUCUAGAUAGUUUCAACAUCUACAGGACCAACAUGAACACCUGGUCCAAAUCUGGCUUGACAGAAGCUGAGUUCUUCUCCACAAAAUGCUGCCAUUUGAUCUGCUCCCUUCUGCAGCAAAAGCCAGAACUUCAGCUUGAUCUGGACAGGAUUAUUCAUCAUGACUGGUUUUAGGUGUAAGACCGAUCACUGUCACUCUGAAAGUGUCAUCUGUGGAGAUGUUUCGUCUUCCAGGAAGAACUGAGUCUUCGUCCAUCCACUUUAACAUCUUACAGGGCCAGCAAGCUCUGGUAGCAUU